CACGGCCCCCCCCGCCUCCCAGUGUCCUCCCGCUUCCGAACGAACUGCUCGAGCAGGUAGGACCGCCGCCUGCGCCCCUGAGGCACCGCAGCGUCUGCGCCGCCCGUUUGGUUGCAGCGCGGGGCCGGCCGCGCCGAGCCGAGGCGGGAAUGUCGCUGGCGCAGGAGAUGUCGCUGGCGCAGGACAUGUCAGAGCCGGCGGGCGAUAGCGAACCAGAUGUCUUUGAAAUUGUUCUCCCAAUCACUAUCUUAGUGCUGAGUGAUGAUGAUUUUCUCCACGAUGACACCCAGGAGGAAGAAGCAGUGUCAGUUCCCGAGUUGAAGGAGGUUGAGAAGGAGGUUAACUCCAACAACAGUAUUUUCCUAAAAAAUGAUGUGACACCUUCAAAUGACAGUCACAGUUUAAGCAUUUGUGAAGAAAGCAAGACUGCUUCAAAUAAGGAUAAUAGUGUGAAAUACUCAGAAGAAAAAUGGUUUGCAGAGGAUGUGUGUAAUAGAAUAGAAUCAUCUUUAAGUGAUCAGUGUGAUGCAGGCACGGAUAAACAGAGUGAAUAUUUUGUAUUGCCGACAUCGUCUUGCAAAACAGAGCUUACAGAGAUAAACGAAACCAGUGACAGAAAAGAUGGCGUUGGUGAUGGUGGGUUUGAGAAGGUUCCUCCUCUCAUCACCUCUGCUGGCAGUGAAGAUAGAGAUGAGGCCAUGGAGACAAGCGGACAGUUGGUAUCAGCAGAGAUAUCCAGACAUGAAGAGGAACUUGUCAGUCUUGCAAGUAUUCUAUCUGUUGGCAGUGGAGAGAAACAACCAGAAGUCCAGAAGGAGCUGGAGACAGUCAUUGAAAUAGAAGAUCCUGAUUCUUCAAAGAAUGGAGGCAAUGAAACUAAUAACAGAAAGAUAAGUGAAUCUGAAAAUGAAACGUGGAGUUCUCUCUUGGAAAAUGGCUUGAAAGAAGAACAGAAAUUUACCUCUGAUUGUUGUGCUCCAUUACUCAAUGGAUGUUCUCCUACUUCAGAAGAAUUGCCAAAUGAUGUAGGGAAACUGGAGAUGAGUGCUUCUCCUUCUGCUGAAUCAAAUGCUACUGGAGAGCAUAUUUAUGAGACUUUAACUCGAUUUCCUAAAAAAAGACACCAGCAACAAGAAGUUUCUCCUCAUGAAAGCCCGAAAGAAUUGCAAAGCCAGCAAGAAGAUUUAGCACGGCUAAGUAGUAGUGUGACCAUCAAACCUGUUUCUAAAGCAUCUGGUUCUACAAAUAAGCAGGAAAGUUUGAAUUUGAAGUGUAGGUUUUGUAGUUCUGUAUAUAAGUGCAGUGCACAUCUAAAGAAACAUGUAUAUUCAGCUCAUAAGGAUAAGAGAAUGCAUAAAUGCUGCUUUUGUAAGAGAACCUUUUUCUAUUUUGUCAACCUUAAGAAGCACCUUAAAUUUCAUAAGAAAAUGAGUAGGUUGAGAAGGGCAAGAAAAUAUAUGAUGAAUAUGAAAAAAAUUAGGCAGAGAAAAUGUGAAGAAGAAGAAUCUGAGACCAAGAAUAAAGAAAGUAAAUAUGAGCAAUUUUUCAUCAAAGUUGAAAGGGACUUUUCACCUCUGGGUAUGCCUGUUAGUUUUUCCUGCAAAAUUUGUUUCUUUGUUUCAUCAAACCCUAAGAGUUUUGUUCAGCACAUGAAGGGACAUAAAGAGAGACCACCUUACCAGUGUCCUCAAUGUGAUUACUCCUUCAUUAGCUUUUCCUACCUGUUAAAUCAUAUGUACUGGCAUGCUGGGUAUAAGCUGUACCAGUGCAGGUUUUGCACCUUUUUUUCAUUGUAUUUUGCAAGCAUGGUGAGGCACAGCUACGUACACUUAGGCGGUAAACAGCAUUCCUGUGAGUUCUGCCAGGCAGUGUUCACGAGCACCGUUGGGUUACAGAGACACAGACGAUUGCAUGCAGACAACAAAACACACCAAGAGCAGCAACUUGGUUUUAUAAGCAGAAGAAAGAGAACUCGAAGACCUCUAAAGAGUUACACGUGUGAUGAGUGUAACUUGGUGUUUUACAACAGAGGACAUCUCAACUUUCAUAAGAAAAGUCAUGAACAGUUUAAUGCUAAUGGCUAUCAAAGCAAUAAAUAUUGCAAAAGGAAAAUAUGCAAAGUUGAAAGUAAUUUCCAGGACCAUGUUUCUCUGUCUCUUUCUGGUCAAGAAGAUGGUUGUCUCAGUGGUGAAAUGCUGGCUUCAGAAGUAGGCUUUGAGCAGGAAGGUGAUGUGCAGGACAAUAAGGACAUGUGCUUUGGAAGGGAAUUCCCUGAAAAUGGCCAUGAAAGCAACAGUUUACCUGUUAUUUGGAAUAGAUCAGACGUUCUUAUGGAUUCUUACAAAAUGGAAACGCUUGUUUGUAAAGGGGAACCUCUCUUCAGCUCUGAGGCCUCUUGUUCACAAGCUCAAGAUGAUGACGCGUAUCAUAAAUUUGUGGAAAACUUAAAGACUACAUGGCCUUCCAAUUUGUGUGCAUUCAAAACGUACCAGUGUCAACACUGCAGUUAUGCUACUGCUGUUCAUAGUGACUUUAAGCUGCACCUAAAAACACAUACAGUUGGAAUACCGUAUGUGUGUAAAGAAUUCAAUAAGGCAUUUAAAACAUCAAACCAUUUGCAGAAACACAGCUUUAUUCACGUAAAGAAUGGCUUUGAGUUUGGCCGUUGCUGCUGUGUAGGUAGCAGUUUACAGAAUCUUGAAUUGCAUCAUGAAAUGGAGGUAGCUUUGUGUCCAGAAAGAGAUUUUGGUUCCUCGGAAGUCUCAAACAGUGUCCAUUCCUUGCUUGGUUCAGAGUUCUGUGGAUUACAGCCAGAUGUCCAGAGGGGCAAAAAAAAUGAUUUGCGAGCACAACGUCAACAACAAUACUAUGAGUGUGCAGAGUGUGAGUAUGCUACUUGCAUUUUAAGCAACCUUAAACUACAUGUGAGGACUCACACAGGUGAGAAACCUUACAGCUGCAGUGUUUGUCAGAAGAAGUUUCGUACUUCCAGCCACCUGAAAAGACACAGCGUCUUGCAUUUUAAUACCGAGUUCUUCAAGUGCAGGAACUGUGACUAUUCAACAAACAAAUGGCUGUCCUUGAAACAACACCUGGCUUCACACUCUUGUGGGGAAAGCUCAUCUGCUGGCUGUCUCCAUGAACAAAAACAGCUGCCUUUCAAAACGUACACCUGUGAAGAGUGUGGCUAUUGCACGGCCCACAGCAGCAACUUGAAGCCACACUUGAGAAUUCACACAGGGGAGAAGCCAUUCAAGUGCGAUCAGUGCCCUCUCACUUUCCGCACAUCCAGCCACCUGAAGCGACACUUACUGACUCAUUCAAAGCUGCACUGCAGAAGGUGUGAGUUUUCCACGGUAGAUAAACGUGCUUUCCAAAAGCAUGUAAAAACGCAUGCAAAAAUGUGUAAGUGUGGAAAGUGUAACGUGACGCUGCCUACCAAAAAUCUUCUGGAAAAGCAUAAAUGGCAAAAUAAGGUUGGAAUAUAAGCUUGGGAAUUACAAGCUGGCGCUUUGUUCUGGAAAGGUUUGCAUGUCCUGAAUUUGUUCUUUGCUUUACAUUCCCCUGCUAUCUCCAGAAGGAUGCCUGGUAGUGGUUUUAUCCGGCUUUUUUUUUGUCCAGAGAGUGAAACUCAGGUACUGAUUUGCUCCAGGUUCUUCUGAGAGCUUCAGUUCUAUCCCAGGCUCUGCUAAAGAAAAUCUUGGAGGCAAUUUUCAAAGCCUGAGUAAUUUUUUAAUAGCAGGAGGUGAGUUAUAAUUUGGUCAACGUUCAUGAAUUUAAGUAGUUACUCUGCGCCACUUCUUUAGAAAAAAUGAUAAAAAUUGUCUCACUGAAAGGAUGUUAAAAGGGAGGGAAUUACACAUGUUGCAUAUUAAUAACUUUUCAUUUAAAAGUUGUUAAUAUGUUUGGGGGCUUAAUGAUACCUCGCAUCUACUGAAAGUUGUCUUCCCUUACCCCAGUUUCUCUUGCAAUAGCUACAAAAGAAAAAAGUAUCUCACAAAAUAUUUGUGUCAUCACUGGAGAGCUGGGAUAGGAAAAUAUUUGCUGUAUGUGUGUAUAUAUCAAGGGUUUAUUAGGCAGUUAUAUUGUGUGUACUUUUAAUAAUUCUUCGAGUAGUCUGACAGGAAUGGUAAUGUCCUUAAUCAGGUAUUCUAUGAGAUUGAAAAGACUUAAAUUAAUCUUCACUUUUAUGUAGAUGUCUAAUGUUAAUCUAGUAUGAAACACCUUUCUCUAGGCCAGUGGUUACCAUGCUCUUUGUUUCUUAAAAUAGACAGUAUCUUACUUUUCAAAGAACUUCUCUGUUAAGUUAACUACUGGCCAAUGUAUUGCAAAUACUAUUUAGUUACUCUGAAAUCCUUCGCAGUAUCUUGAACCGUAAAAUUUAUUUUAUUAAGAGCUUUACUGUGCAUUUAAAAUACCACAUGUGAGGGCCAAUUGUGCCAAACAAGUGUAACCCUCUUGUGGGAGAAAAGACAACAGCAAAGGGCUUGUGCAGACUGUCCCCUAGUGUUAGAAUUCAGUCUGGAAAGCAGCAGAGUGAACCUAUAGCUUAACUUAGAGAAUGUGAACAUGAAACCACCGCUGCUUUUUUUAAUUGAUCUCAAAUGUAUGCUUUUCUUUAUAGAUACAGAUAAUAUGUGGCACAGGGUUUCCGGUGAUGUAGGAGACAGGUUGGAAAUGGUUGCCCAUGGAAUUAACAGAGAUACUAAAACCAAAAAAUAUGAGAUAUUAGAAAGCAAUUUGGAUGUUGUCCUGGGCAACCAGUUGGACCAGUGACCUCUGGAGGUCCCACAGCUGUUGUGUGAUUGGGAAUGCGCUUCUCCAAGAGUGAAUUUGAAUUCACCCAUAGAUGUAUGGAUUUCAGGCCAGAUCGGCAAAGGUAUUUAAGUGAUCUUGUUCUUUAUAGUUACAGUAAAAUCAGAUAAGAACCCCAGUGGUUAUGAACUUUUUACUACAAGCUGGGAAGUCACCAUUUGGGGAUGAGUGAUUCAUAUUUUGGAAUGAUUAAGCAAACUACCUGAUACAGUUGUGAGAAAGAAGAAUGUUUUCUUGAUAUGAAUAAAGAAAAGCAUUUCUAGGCAAUAGUAACGCUAUUAUACAAGUGUGGAGGAAUUUUUACCUGCGUUACUCUACAAUUCUGAUCAUUUAUUUGAAGAAAAUUUCUACAGAACAGGUACAAAGAAUAAACAAAAAUAGUAAAGAGAAUUGUAAGCCUACAUAUCAGAGGAGACUAGGAAAGCUAAGUCUGACAGGGAAUAGUUUUUAUAACUAUUGUAUGUAUAUGUAUUGUAUGUUGUGCAAUGGUAAAGAAGGGAGCCCAAUUUAGUGUGGUUAAAUUCACUGAAGGAAAUAAACAGCAUGAACUUCUUUUGAUUGUAAGGAAAGACAACAAACAAUUUCUUCAGAUGGAGCUUGAUGAGUUUGUAAAAAUAAAUAUUCCAGGUGGUUGCCUCUGAUAAAUAAAGUGUUUCAUGACUCCUGA